AUGGUCAAGUUGCGCGGCAUCGAGAUCUGCAUUAUCUCCCAGUUCGACAUUUGCAGAAUCCCCGAGUUCCGCUACCCGAGACCUUACCAGGCACCAGCAGACCCUUUCCAAGUACGUGACACGGACAGUGCGAGAGAAGAAACAAAGACAACCGCAUCGGCCUUUUCAUACCCAACCGCAUCUUGCUAUGUUCCCGUCUACCCCGGUAGUCAGAUCUGGUUCGAAUAUACCGUCGACGGACCUCAUCCUCCAGGAGCGGCGUACUUUUUCAAGCUGUACUUGAACAACAAAGUAGUCACGGCUUGGGAUUGUACAGCAAAACACGGGUUCCAUGGCAAGAUGAUGUAUAACCUGGUCGUGGAUGGUGAUGGUGGUGAUCCAGCAGCUGGCGAGCUUGGGGUGAGGAGACUGGCCCUGAGGUUCGGAGAUGGGGUGGUUGGACAGGCCGGUCACGAUGUUUCAAAAACAGGAAAGGGAGUGGACAGGCAUACGAGAGAUGGAUGGCAGGAAGAUGUGAUCCAGAUCAAUGUCCAUAGGAUCGAACACAGGAGGAGAGUUCGGGACUUACAGCCUGGAUUGGGAUUCGUGGAUGUCAAUGGCAACCAAGGCGAUGGACUGCGUCUCACCGAUAGUGGCCUUCUUGAACCAGGCUUCCGUCCCAAGCGCUACCAAUACCAACUUCUUGAUCCACUCGACAUGCCUUACGCAGCGUUCCGAUUCUAUUGCCGUCCCUUUGAAUAUCUCGAAACCCGUGGCAUCACCCGCCUGCGCGACUGGACCUCUCCCCGCAGCUCAAUGUCUUCAGGAAGCACUGCUUCGCAAGUGUCAGAUGAAGACUCACAACACAAUACUGGACAGGACACUCACCAGCGGAUUGACUCUUCAGGAUCUCCAUUGACAAGCUCUCAACCUCACCCAGCUUCCUCUCAUUCGCAUGGCAUGGUCAGCACGGACCUUACCCGGGGAAACAACCAUCCUCUUAUCAGGGUGGUUAACGGAUCCGUGUCAAUCCCCCUAAGUGACUCGGACGACUCGCUAAGUGUCAGAACCAAAGACAGCAUUGAAGAGUUGCCUUCCUUGGUCACUCGAUCGCCCAAAUCCCCCCGCUCACCAGGGAAGCGAUUACUAGAGACCCGCCUCAAGACCGAAGCGGGGAUACCGCCCUCGCCAACCAGAUCUCCAAUGUUUGCUCGCCACCAUCUGAAGAAGAAACUCACAGUCAAUAUCAGUGGAGCGGAGUUUGACGUGGAGAGGAAGAAGCGGCCAUUGAGUCCCUUCACAAGCAGCGGACUGCUUCGGAAAGCUUGUAUCCUGCCUCAAACGGCUCCAGCUGCAGUUACCGAGUUUGGGCCUACAGUGGAGGAUGAAGUAAGAGAAGAGAUGAACAAGACCAGAAGUGAUGUGGAAGCCAAAGAGGUCUCCAGGACCACCAGAGCAGAACGUGGGGGCAGCAAGUUGAUGGGGUUCCUCGGCAGGAGAAUCAAUAGGGAGAAAUGA